AUGCAGAGAAGCGUCCAGAAGCUGCUGCGGCUCUCGCGGCUGCCAAAGAUGGGCAAGCGCGAGGACAUCGCCGACUACCUGUUGAACGGCGGCGACGCCUCCGAGUCCGAGGCGGAGGACGGCGAGGAGGCCCCUUCAACGGGGGGCGGCAAGAUGGCCGUGAGGCUCACUGAGUCUGGGCCUCGGAUGACGCUGCUGUUGGUGAAGGCGGAGGAGGGCGUAUGCAGCGGCGGCAUCCUGUACCACCGCUAUCCAGAUACGAAGACGCCCUCUCAGAGGGAGCUGCUGGAGCAGAGGGCAAGGGCGAAGAAGAAGCUCAGCGAACGGGCCAAGAAGGUGGAGGCGGAGGCGCAGGGCGCCAAGAAGGCCAGGCUUCUGAAGGAGAAGAAGAAGCAGGGGCUCGCCGUCAAGAAGGGCAAGGGCGGCGGCGACGCCGACGACGGAGGCGACGAGGACGAGGCCGAGGGUGGAGGAGGCCCUGAGCUGGAGAAGGGCUUUGUCGGCCUCGCCCAGGCCGGCGCCGGCGCGGCCGAGGGGAAGAGGAAGCGCUUCCACCCCUUCGGGUGGGGAGCCAAGGCUGCGAAGAAG